GUGCUUAGUUCAAAUACGAAACUUGUUUGACUUUUUUCACUUAUCCCACGCUAAGUACGAUAGUAACGCUACCGUAUAUGUUUAUAGCUAGUCUCGACUUGCUAGGCUAGUCAUGAAACUAUAAAUUUUAUAUAAAGUUCAAGUGUAACACGACACCCUAAUCAUCAAAAAAGUAAAAACCAAAAAAAGUGUUUCACACAGCAAUAAUUCUUUCUUGGGAGUGAGUGUACUUACGGAGUUAAAGCAGAGCUUUACUGCUGUAAAAACUGAGCUGGUCGAAGACUAAGCUUAGUAUAACAACAACACCGGAGCGAAAACGACUUCAGAAUAUCAACAUUUUAAUAAUUGUAAUCAGUAUAUUGGAAAAGCGCGCUGCAGUUCACAAAAACCAGUAAUCAGUGAUAUAGUCUUAGAUACAUAAAUAAAAUUAUUACAAAAAGUAAAUUCUUAUGUGCGUUAUUAUGAAACUCGAAACGAGUUGCCGCAACAACUAAUGACCCUAUGACAAAAACAAGUAAGCAGAAACUGUAAAUAUGGAUAUGUGCAUUGCAGCAACUUUUUUUGUUGUGCAUCAAUAGCUAGUUAGUGAGUUGAAGUCAUUCCUUUGAAACAGCUGUGAAAAUGUUUAAAAAGAGUGCAACCAAGGAACCAAAUAAUUCCAAAGAUACUAAAAAUAGCGCGCUGGUGCGUCAGGAUCCGCGCAUGAAAGUGCGCACUGCCACUGCACAUUCGGAAACAACGAAUACGACCGUAAAAAGUGCAACAAUUUUCGACAAUGAAAAGAAUAAAAUGACUCAUCAAACCGUAAGGCAAACGGUGACGAAUCAAAAGACUGCUCGUAUCACUGAGAUCUCAAUACGUCGUACACCCACUAAAGAAGAAUUGGCUGAGCUAUUAAUGACGUCUGGUACGUUUCCGAAUUUCGCCAAUUCUUCAGCGCACUGGACUAAACAGGAGACUACCGUCACGCAAACAAAUGGUGGCACACAGACUUCUUAUCUACAACAGCAAAAAAUGAAAUUCCAACAGCCGACCGCAACGACAAUGGCGUCGGGAGGCUCGUGGAAAGAUUUCACCAGCAGUCAGCCAACAACAAUGUUAAACGUCCAUGUCGACACCUACGCUCCACAGUCAAUGCUUAGGGCUCUGCCAGCGCUAACGAGCUUAACGCCUACGACUAGCUCAUCAUUGAUUAAACCAAUUCACAGUACAACAACAACAAGCCUAUCUCCUCUUGUAAAUAGUUAUAGUCGCAGUCAAAGUGGUAGCGGAAAUAAGUUAACGAUCUCGAAAAUAGGUACGAGCUCAAGUGAUAGUAGUAUUGCAAGCAAGAGAGCAGCAUUUUUUAACGCUAAACCAGCAACAACAAUAACUCCACUGUCCAACACAGUUACAGGCUAUGUUUCGCCUUAUGGCAAUAGCUUAUAUAGACCACGUGACGCGAUUGGUGACUUACCAAGCGCGAAACCCACAACCACAGCCAGUCCAAUGUAUCUCUCACCAGUUUUGGCCAACACAAAACCGCUAACGACAAAGCCUUUGGCGCUAGGAAGCAGCCUUAUGCUAACGACCACGCCCCGAACGCAAACUCUAACUCAGCCGCAAAAGUCACUAAGUGCCAGCGCGGUCCAAGGCAAGUCUAAUCUAAAGCCAGGUUACGCUGUGAUUUUCAAUACCGUGGACUUUACGGAUAAGACGCGAUUCGACAAGCGUGAUGGCAGCGAUUAUGAUGCGAAGCUUAUAAAGGAAACAUUGUUGAAGUAUAAAUUAAAUGUGGAGACUAAAAAGAAUCCAACAGUGAAUAAUAUCAAGGAUACGAUCAAGAAAAUGACAACUAAGAAUUUCAGGAAUUAUUCUUGCCUGGUAAUUGUUAUACUAAGUCAUGGAAAAGCAAAUGAUUCUAUUGCGGCCACCGAUGGAUUAUAUAAUUUAAACGAACUGAUACUUUACCCAAUACUAGAUAUACCAAGUUUGAAGGAUAAGCCGAAAAUAUUCAUUAUACAAGCGUGUAAAGGUGACCUGGUGCCAGGUGAAUAUAAAACAGAUGCUUUAACGACACGGGGACCUCCAACUGAGAUACUAAAAUGCUACAGUACUUUUGAAGGUUACGUUUCAUACCGAACCGACUCCGGCAGUCCAUUCGUCCAAGCCUUAUGCGAUGAAAUAAAGCUUAAAGGAGAUAAUACCAAUAUAGAGCAGCUCAUGAAGAACGCCAUAGCAACUGUGAAGACUAAAACAGGUUCAAAACAAAUUCCGAGCAUGACUACCACCCUCACAAAGCCAUUUGUUUUUGGCCAUUACGUAUAAAUUUAUUAUUACUGUUACUAAUUUUAAUAUACAAACAUUUUUUAACUUUUUGACUGCUGGCGCCAUUAGUAAGACAAUAAUGUACAAUAAAUAAUAUUGUUCAAUAUAAUUUCACUUAUAUGUAAAUAUGUAUAAGAAAAUUUGCUAUUUAUGUAUAUUAGAUUAUUAAAGUCAAUUGAGACUGUUGGUCAUAAUUAUAGGUUAUGUGAUUCAUCAUUUUCAAUGUAAUCCUGAAACGAAGAGCGAUCUCAUCAUAUUAGCGAAUAAAAUGCUCAAAGUUAAUUUGCAACCAACAAUCUUAAUAACAAGCUUACUUCUUAGAGAGUUCUCUCCAGAAUUUCAAAAAA